UUCGACGCCCUCCUCGCCAUUUCGCCACCACCACCUCUCCUCCGCUUCCCCUAUUCACUAGCUGCCAUGGCCACCGCAGCUGCGCGCGCCGUCGCCGCCGCCGGACGGCCGGCGCAGGGGAUUCCGUUGUCGCGGCGCCUUGCGGCGUCCUCCUCCUCCUCCGCUCGCCCGCUGCGGCCUCGCGGCGGCCGCGCCGCUGGGUCCGUCCGCUGCAUGGCGCGGCGGCCGGACUCCUCGUACUCGCCGCUUCGGUCGGGGCAGGGAGGCGACCGCGCGCCCACGGAGAUGGCGCCGCUCUUCCCGGGCUGCGACUACGAGCACUGGCUCAUCGUCAUGGACAAGCCCGGCGGCGAGGGCGCCACCAAGCAGCAGAUGAUCGACUGCUACAUCCAGACCCUCGCCAAGGUCGUGGGAAGUGAGGAGGAGGCGAAGAAGAAGAUAUACAACGUGUCGUGCGAACGGUACUUUGGGUUCGGUUGCGAGAUUGACGAGGAAACAUCCAACAAGCUGGAAGGGCUCCCAGGUGUUCUAUUUGUACUUCCUGAUUCCUAUGUUGAUGCGGAGAACAAGGAUUAUGGAGCGGAGUUAUUUGUAAAUGGAGAAAUCGUUCAAAGAUCACCAGAAAGGCAGAGAAGGGUGGAGCCAGUUCCUCAGAGAGCACAAGAUAGACCCCGGUACAGUGACCGAACUCGUUAUGUGAAGCGGAGGGAGAACCAGGCGUACCAGCGGUGAAGACUCACCGAACGUUCAACCACCUAGAUGCAUUGGCUCCUGCUCCUGAGCUUAGAAGUGAACACCGGCUGUCACACGAGAAAUGCCUUCAAUUAUAUAUGCUGCAGUGGCUGCACCGUAUAAUCUGGCCAUGUUUUAUGCAUUUGGGCAUGAUGUAUUUCUUGUCUACUUUCUUAGACUAAUAAAAACAAUCUAUUGAACCGUGGCAUAAUAUGAAUUUGAACUUUGGGCGUCA